AUGUCAGUGUACAACCAUCGAGCCAUGGUGUCCAAUCCUUCGAACCGCAUUAUUGAAAUGCUGGACGCCAUCCGAGUGGAGUAUGAUCAGCUUGGGCAAGAAGCUUAUAUGAGCAAGUCGCAGAGGGAUGAAUUUGAACACAAAAUGAAUGCUCAAGUACAAGAAAUGAAUAACUUUCGACAAAGCCUUCAUGAAUUGGAAAGAUCACAGCAACGUUUAAAAGAGCACUAUGAGGAGGAAAUUGCAAGAUUACGACAACAAUUGGAGCAAGCACAAGGACGUGGUGGCAAUGGCAAUGUACCAACAGCAUCAACGCCAACACACAGGUCACAAGCGCCACACACACCAACCACUGCAUCCAUGCAUCAAUCAACAGAAUCACCUGUGCCACCACCACCUAAUCUUGGGCCAUCAUCCUCUAAUUACUUUGGAGACAUUAUGAGCACAUCCAGUGGUAGUGGUAGUGCUCCAACUACUGCUGCUGUUGCUACCAGUCAACCACCACCACCACCCCAUGAACAACAACAACAACAGUAUUCAGGCUAUCCACCGUAUCAUCAUCAACAACAACAUCCUCCUCCUCCUCCCACAUCUAUGGGGUACACCAAUGGAUCUUCGCCUCGCAUCUCAGCUCCGCCACACUCAUCACAUGUACCACAAGCCGCUAUGUAUGGUGGUCGUAUGCCUACCUCACCAGCACCUGGACCUUAUUCUCGUCAACAAGACCAUCAUUAUGGCUAUCCAUCACAACAACGCGGUGUCCCCGGUACGCCAACAUCAUCUGAAGUACAUGAUCAUCGCAACUCCAUAUCAACACCCAGUCGACUUUCAUCUUCUACGAGUGUGCAAAAAAUGGGUCCUGCUGCUCCUACUACCAAUGCACCACCGGGAGCUCUUGCUGAUAUUGAUCCUGAAAGUGUUCCAGCCAAUAUGAAAAUUGAAGGCCAUGAUUGGUUUGCAUUAUUCAAUCCCAAGGUGACUCGGGUGCUGAAUGUUCGUUUGGUACAUACGUUGGAGCAAUCAAGCGUGGUUUGCUGUGUAAAGUUCAGUGCCGAUGGAAGAUACCUUGCAGCAGGAUGUAAUCGCAUCACCUACAUUUAUGAAGUAUCGUCAGCACGAGAAAUUUGUACGCUCGAGGACACUACUGUACAGAGGGAUGGUGAUUUGUACAUUCGCUCGGUAUGCUUUAGCCCUGAUGGCAAUUACUUGGCUACUGGUGCCGAAGAUAAACAAAUUCGGAUUUGGGACAUUCGAGCACAACGUGUACGCAACCGAUUUACGGGUCAUGAACAAGACAUUUAUUCAUUGGACUUUAGCCGAGAUGGACGUAUUGUGGUGUCUGGUUCGGGUGAUCGUACAGUGCGUAUUUGGGACAUGGUGGAUGGAUCAUGCAUGCAUAUCUUGACAAUUCAAGACCAAGACCAAAAGGAUCCAGGCGUGACCAGUGUUGCCGUUUCUCCCAACAGUCGAUUGGUCGCUGCUGGUAGUCUCGAUAAGAUGGUGCGUGUGUGGGACAUUCAAACAGGCAAACCACUUGAACGAUUGGAAGGGCACAAGGAUAGCGUUUAUUCGGUAGCUUUCACCCCCGAUGGUCACUACUUGGUCAGUGGUAGUUUGGAUAAGACGUUAAAGUUAUGGCAAUUGGGCGUCAACGAAGGACGAGGAGGACAUGAUCGAGGCAACAAGGGACCAUGCAAGAUGACUUUUGCGGGACAUAAGGACUUUGUGUUGUCUGUGGCAUGUACAGCGGAUGGUCGAUGGAUUGUAUCUGGUUCCAAGGAUCGUGGUGUUCAAUUCUGGGAUCCACAAACAGGUGAAACACAAUUUAUGCUUCAAGGCCACAAGAAUUCAGUCAUCUCAGUGGCUGUUAGUCCUGAUGGACGUCCUGUGUUUGCUACUGGAUCAGGAGAUAACCGUGCCCGCAUCUGGAGUUAUGAACCUAUUGCAUGA